GCCCGGUCCCGAUGGCCGCGGAGGGGCGCGGAGAAGGCGCGCUCGGUGACCAGCCUGCGUGGGCGCCCUGCGAGUCCAGCAGCCCUGUGAGGGGAGAGGCGCCAGCCGCCCUGAGACCCCUGGAGUCCUCCGAGGGAGGCCCUUUGCCAGCUAUUGCUCCCACUGCACAUCGGAGUGCAUCAUUUCAGGGGCUGGUGAACUUUGAGGAUGUGGCCGUGUAUUUCUCCCGGGAGGAGUGGGGUCUCCUUAACUUGACCCAGAGGAGCCUGUACCGGGAUGUGAUGCUGGAGAACUUCGCACUCAUUGGCUCACUGGGAUUUGCACCUGCUACGUCCCAUGUGGUUGCCCAAUGGGAGGAUGAAGAAGAGCCCUGGCUCCCCAGCAAUGUGGGCGUGACUCUGGUUAGCAGAACAGAGGCCAGGAGGGGCCCUGGUCUGGGUUGUCUAGGUGGCCUGGGGGACGCGGAGGCCCCUCCUAAGCCGGUGACGAGCCACAGACGCCACCUGUCAGAGAAGCCGUUUAUGUGUGGAGGGGCCGGGGAGAACGUUCCAGCUACCGUAGGCCGCCUCCAACGCCAGGCCGCCCGCAGGGAGGGGGGGCCAGCCGGGAACCCCAGGCACCGGGAGGCCGCCCCGCCCCGCGCCAGCUGCCCGCAGCGGCAGGAGGGCCACACCCCGCAGCGGACCUUCAAGUGCAGCGGCUGUGGGAAAGCCUUCCUGAAGGCCUUCUCCCUCCUUGACCACCUCGUCACGCGCUUCAAAGAGCGACCCUCCAGAGGCCUGAAAGGUAGCAACACCCCAAGGGAGAACCCAACCCAUGUUCCUCCCCGAAAAACGCACACUGGAGAAACAUCUCAUGCGUGUUUGCAGUGCGGAAAGACCUUCAGUUACCCGCCUAAACUGAGGAAGCACCAGAAGGUUCACACGGGUGUAAAGCCUUUCAAGUGUGGGGAGUGUGGGAAAACCUUCAACCGCAAAGACGCUCUUGUUCUUCACCAGAGAGUUCACACUGGGGAAAGGCCGUACGAGUGCGCCGAGUGUGGCAAAGCCUUCAGCGUCCUGUCUACUCUCAUUCGGCACCGGAAAGUUCACAUUGGAGGAAGACCUUACGAGUGCAGGGAAUGUGGGAAGCUCUUUAAAUAUCAGCAGAGUUUCAUUCUUCACCAGAGAGUUCACGCCGGGGUACGGCCUUACGCGUGCAAGCAGUGCGCGAAGACGUACGUGACCCGCUCGGGCCUGUACCAGCACUGGAAAGUCCACACUGGAGAACGGCCCUAUGAGUGCAGCUUGUGCGGGAAGACCUUCACCACCAGGUCCUACCGCAACCGGCACCAGCAGUUCCACGCUGAAGACAGGUCCUUUGAAUGUACCGAAUGCGGGAAAGCCUUCAAACACGGUUCCACCCUCCUUCAGCACAAGAAAGUCCACGCUGGCGAAAAGCCUUAGGAAGACGGGGUGUGGGGAGGCUUUUAGCUAUGGCUGACGCCUCAUUGAACAGGCAGGGCCUCACUCCAGAAGGAGGUGAGGAGGGUAGCCGUUUGAAAGAAGCUAAACUUGAUCCACCCCAACACCCACCCUCGGGUGGUGCCGCCAGGUAUGUGGGAAGCUUUCGGGAGCCGCACUGCGCUCUGACCUGCCCGCUGUCGGGUGGUGGCGUUCAGCCACGCCCGAGUCCGUGGCCAAAGUUAUCCCAUCUUUGCCUCCUGGCGGGGUCCUGUGAUGGGGAUCCGUCGCCCCGUGUGCUCAGGCAUGGUGGACUGCCGUACUGUCGCCUCUGUGUGGGAGACAAUCAUGAGAAGGGGAGCUCAUAAUGAGCCUCGUUCUCUCCCCCGAGAACGUUGGGUGUGGACCUAAGCUAGUCUGGCCAAGACUAUGGGCAGCGUCUGCUGGGGGCUUAACCUUUUUAGAAAGCAGUGUUGACACUGCGUGUGGUGUCAUGGAUUUAUCUAGCCCUCGAACUGACUCACCUUGCUCGAAAUAUGCUAAAGAUCUCGUCCUGUUAGCCACCGUCAGUGUUGGGGAUUCUGAUCCCUCUAUGUGGAGGAAUCGAGAACAGAACUGGGCUGGUGAAUAUAGAACAUGACCUCUGUGGGAGUCCCUGACUCUUACAGUUUCGGUCAAGGCCUAGUUUGCACUGGUGCUUGAGAUCUCUGGGUGAAUCUUAUAACCCGGGUGCCAGGUUUAUUUGCAGGUCCAGAGCUCACCUUGUAUAACGGGGCACUCGGUGUGUGAUUCCAUCAUGUAUCUGGGGACAUGAGCUGGGUUCCUGGGGGACGGUGCACAAUCUCGAGCAUUGCUAAGCAGCAGCUGUUUCCAAAAAUCAGCUCAGGGGCUGAGGUUUCUGAAAUCUAGAAAGUGGAGUCAUUUCUAGAUUGACCAUAGGCCCUCAGGGGGCACAGUGAGUGGGCUUAAGAAAGACCUGUAAAGCAAGUGGGCACGGAAAUACUGAGUUAAGCAGUGGGGCCUGGAGCCUGGUAAACCAGAGGGCCUGAGCUGGUCCUGCAGAGGCAUCUACACGUUUCAGCGAGUCUGGAGUGGCGGCCCUGUUGCCUGUGGCCGAGGUCUGCAGGUCUGCUGGGUUCUCGUAGCCUUCCUGGGCAUGUUUACCUUGUGGCCAUCACCGCAGGACCUGGGGAAAGAGCCAGCGGUCCUGGGGUGUUUGGUUUGUUUUCGUGGUUUUUGGAUGUGGCUUUUGUGACCCAGCCUGUGUUCCUCAGUUUUGGACUGUGGCUUUUGCUGCCCUGUCAGCGGGUGCAAAGGGGAGAUGUGGUGGAACCAAUCUGGUUUGUUGCACCUUUAAAAAUGGAAAACAUUUUCCUGAAUGGCAAAUAAAACUGUGUUGGAUGUCACUGUGUUCCUGGUCCAAAAAUUGGGCUUCCUGUCAAGGAAUUGUUUGCUGGGAGGCAUGUUUGGGAGGGCAGUAGCGACCCGCAGUUUGGGGGGCUUCGGGCGAGUCUUGAGCCAGUAUCUUGUGCUGAAGUUGGCAAACACUGCUGCCUUUUCUAACUGGGGUGAUUGCUCAUGCCUCUGCCCCCGUCGGUGGGAGGGGGGAUGACCACAGAUGGGAAAUCCCCAGCAGGUAGGGAGUUUGCACCCCGUCUGCUCACUUUCUCCCCAACACCAUAAGGUACAGGCCCACACAGGCUGGCUCAGCACCUCCUCCCUUGGUGUAAUCACUGUCUGCCUCAGUGAGGGUCUGAGCUCGGUUCAGUUGAGCCAGGUAAGGCUCAGGUCUCCAAGCAGCUGGGGCAGGGCAGAUGUUGGUCAUCAGAGCUGACUCCUUUGUGCCCUUGCAGGGUCACAGCUCACAAAAUGGCCCAAGGCACAUGGCGAAAGGGUCCUCUGACUUGGCCUGAACGACCUUCUGGUCUCCCACCGGGUCCUUGUGUACAGCAGCAAACCUGCUGGAGUGGAGGCGGAGGCUAAGGUCUCCUGGUGAUGGUGGGACAUCCUCAGCAAACCCUGGCCCUUGUGAGCCUUGACCUGCGCAGAACAGUAGUGUGGAGGGAGAUCACUCUCCUUCACUCUCAGCCCAAACCCCACCGCGGAAGCCAACGCCGGCAACUCGUUGCAGCCUGUCUUUCUGCCCUGCCUGUUCUCAGGAGUCCACCCAGCAGGCCCUGGCUUGUGUUCAUGCUGCCGCCUCGGUCCCUCUGCCAUGCCUGCUGUGAGCUUGGUACCUCAGCCGGCAAGCGGGCAUGUGCAGUUCUGCUUUAUCCACCUCUGAAAGCAAACUACUGUCCUAAGGGGUCCGUGCAGGCAGCAGGCUGUGACUGGCACAUUACCUGUCUGUCUCCAUCUACGAGAGAGCCUUUGUGAAGACCAAUCUUCAGACAGCUCUUACUUCUGGUAUUAUGGAAGAGAAGCUGCAUGUACUGGCUUAGCUGCAGAAUACUUUGUGAUGUAGGAGCUGGUGCCACGGAUGAAGGUUUGAGAGCAAAUACUGGUGUUGGGAGUAUUUCGCUUUGGCAAAGUCUGAACUAAAAAAGGGUAAACUAGGGGUCUCCCUGGUGGUGCAAGGGGUUAAGUCUCAGCACUCUGAAAGCUAUUGGCAGUGGCCUGAGUUUGAUCCCCUCCAGGCAGCUGACCCACAUGGUGCGGCAGACCUCUCCUGUCUCCCCGCUGCUCCCCUCAGCAGUGGAUUUCAGUAGAUGCGCUUGUUCUGUUCCCCACUCUGUCUCUGGACCUCUCGCAACCCCCAUCCCCAACACCUCUGGCUGUGAAGAGGUCUGCUGUGCCCUCUGGGUAGCUCCCUGGCUGGGGAUUGAACUCAUGCUGCAGUGGCUGCAGAUAGUGUCAUAGUGCUGAGACUCUUGUGCCACCAGGGAGGCCCAGAAAGUUUUUUUUUUUUUUUCCUUAAAGAUUUAUUUAUUUGUUUAUACAAGCACUGGGUACAGUCAGAAGUGCGGGAGGGUGACAGAAUUCACCAGAGCCAGAGCGGGGAGCAGAGCAGGCAGAAGGACCGAAGGACACUGCUGAGGGGAGCAGUGGGCGCAACAGGAGAGGCCUGUCACGCCAUGGGGGACCCUCGCCGGCAGCCCGGGGAUCGAACUGGCGCUGCAGAGGCUGCGGGCCACUUUGCAGACCAGUGCUCAACCGCUGCGCCACCAGGGGAGGCCCCCAGAAAGUAUUUUUCAUUCAGAAAUGGAAGUUCAAAUUUUGGAGGAUACUGGGAGAAUUUUGGUUGCACUGGAAAAAAUUAAAAUUUAUGUCAGUGAUAGAAAAUGAGAAAAUUAUGUUAGCUUUUGCGUAAAAAAUAAGAAAUCCUUUAUUGAUUAAUAGCCAUUUAGCCAAAACCCAAAGUCAGAAGAGACUAAAAGGGAUCUGAACGAUUUCACUAUUUGAGUUCCAGGCCCAAAUUUAAGAACGGCAAAAUAAAGUUCAGUCAAUAGAGGGGACAUGAGGUAAGUAAUAAAUACCUAAAGAUAAAUAGUUCCAGGGCCUCCCUGGUGACCUAGGGGUUAAUUGUCAGCACUAUCACUGCUGAGGCCUAAGUCUCAUCCCCAUCCAAGGAGCUGACCCACCGGGCGCAACACACUUCCAUCUCCCCGCUGCUCCCCUCAGCAGCGCAUUUCCGUGGAUCCACCUGUUCCGCUCCCCACUCUGUCUCUGGUGAACCCUCCCCCCUCCACAUCUGUCCCGCACUCCAGUUCUUGUAAGCAUAAUCUGUAAAAAAAUGAAAUAAUGUAUUAAAUUCACCAUCUCUGUGAAUUCUAAUGUCCUUAAAAGAAAUGCAAAUCUCUUCCAUCAUCCCAUAUGCAUAUCUGCCUUUCCCUGUAAUUAUCAGGACAGUCACCUAUUUGUCUUCAUGAUCUCCUUCAACCAAAGUAACUUGCUUUUUACAAGACCAAGAGAAAGUGAAGCGAAUGGAGUUUCAGUACUUCUUAGCCGAUUUCUCUUUGUGAACACACCAUUCAUACAAUUUUAACAAAUUUGGGGUUUCAGAAAUACAGAGCAAACAUAUCUGCUACACAAUGCACUCAUGUAGAUUGCGCUGACCUAACACAGUAAUUGAGUUUUUUUUAAAUAGGCGAUAAACACAUUACACAAGAUUCCGAACCUUAACCUUCUGAAGUCCCAGACCUGGCGACUGUGUAUUGAAACCGGCACCCUGUGUCCAUUUGUGUGCUGGGCAGCAAGACUGUGAAGCCAGAGACAUCUGCUGAUUGACCAGAAAUCCUCCUCAGGUUACAGAAGCCCCUUCCUUGGAUGACAGGUUAUGUCUCUGCCCGAGUUCCUGCCAAGGGUGAUGGGUGCCAGAUGCAGCUGGAGGGGAGGUGAAUUUGCUUUGAUUGUGGCCUCAGCUCUUGAGGGGCUCUGGAUACUCUUACCGGACACACUGAUGCAGAACAGGGGCUGCACCUAUGUGGGAUGGCCUGUGUCCCCGCCCCCUAUUACAUCCCCUCUAGCGUUCAUCCACAUACAGUGCCCACGGGCCCGUGUGACCUGCGAGUGUGCAGUCUCCUCAUUAGGCACAAGAAGGCAGCUUCUCCUAACGUAGAUCUAGAAACCCAGACUUCUGCCUGAGAUUAGGAACUUGCCCCCGGCUCAGCAGUAGUGUUGCAGAUGAAUUUCUUCCUUCCUCAGGGGCGCUCUGGGCACUCAAGGACUUGAAAGUCAAGCUGCUCACAUCACUGAAUCGAGCCCUUCAGAUACUAGUGCCAGGUAAGCACAAACCAACAGGCGUUCCUACUACACUGAGGCAGACCUGCGGGCUCCCUCCCAGUCACUCCCCAGCCCACCCAUUUCCUGUAACCUGUCACACCCCCACCCCCAAGCUUGAAGGUGACUUGACAAAUCAGGUCUUUAUUAUACAGUACAGAACCACGUAGUGGUGCCAGGAGGGAGUGGCUUCUGGGCCCACUGGCCACACAUCUGAGGUUAUAUGCAGAAUCAACCACUUCCACGAUGAACAUCCAUCUCCCCAAAGUCCCAACCAGAGAACCCCAAGGCCCCUCGACCAGCGUGGGGUGAGUUCAUCCCCCGAGGCAGCGAGCAAGGGUCUGGGCAAUACUGGUUUCCUACAGGAAAGGGGAGGGGAGGCCUUGGGCCUUGUGGGGAGGCCGGCUGCAGAUGCUUGGAUCUAGAUGCUCUGGAAAGAGGUUUGUGCUCAAGGUCCCGGUUGCCCCGAAAGGGCAGAAGAGUUUCUGAAGGUUUCUCUACAUCGGCGAUGCGUGUAGGGAAUAUCGCUGUGGGUGUUGUGUGCGGCCAAAGACUAUUUCCAUGAGGCUUCACUCAAGUAUGAAUCUUUGUAUGCUGAGCAAGGUUGCAAAGGCGGCUGAAAUUUUUCCCACAGUGUCUGCACUCGUAAGUCCUUUCUUUGCUGUGAACUGUCUGGUGUCGGAUGAGUGUGGACCUUUCACUAAAGGCUUUUCCACAUUCGCUGCACCCAUAGGGCCUUUCCUGUGUGUGAACUCUCUGGUGGCGAACUAGGUGGGAAUUGCUGCUGAAGGCUCUCCCACAUUCACUGCACUCAUAAGGCUUUUCUCCAGUGUGAACUCUCCAGUGAUAGAUGAGGCUGGACUUUCUGCUAAAGAAUUUCCCACACUCACUGCACUCGUAAGGUCUUUCUCCGGUGUGAACUUUCUGAUGUUUAAUGAGAAUGGAGCUUUGGCUAAAGAAUUUCCCACACUCAGUGCACUCAUAAGGCCUUUGUGUUGUGUGGACUCUGCAGUGCUCAGUCAGACUGGAGCUGUGAGCAAAGGCUUUCCCACAGACGUUGCACUCAUAGGGCCUCUCUCCGGUAUGAAUUCGCCAGUGCUGGAUCAGACUGGAGCUGUGAGCAAAGGCUUUCCCACAGGCGUUGCACUCAUAGGGCCUCUCUCCGGUAUGAAUUCGCCAGUGCUCGAUCAGGCUGGAGCUGCGGCUGAAGGCUUUUCUGCAUUCACUGCACUCAAAAGGCCUAUGUCCGGUAUGUACUUUCUGGUGCUUGAUGAGGGUGGAGCUAUUGCUGAAGGCUUUACCACAUUCACUGCAUCCAAAAGGCCUUUCUCCUGUGUGAACUUUCUGAUGUCGGAGGAGGUGGGAGCUUUGGCUAAAAUCUCUUCCGCACUCGCUGCACUCAAAGGACCGUUCUCCAGUGUGAACUUUCUGGUGCUGAGCAAGGUUGUAGUUAUUGUUAAAAGCUCUUCCACACUCGCUGCACUCAUAAGGCCGUUCUCCAGUGUGAACUCUCCAGUGCUGAAUGAGGGCAGAGCUGCGGCUGAAGGCUUUACCACACUCGCUGCACUCAUAAGGCCUUACCUGGCUGUGAACUUUCUGAUGCCGAAGGAAAUUAGAGCGCUGGCUGAAGGCCUUUCCACAUUUGUUGCACUCAAAUGGCCGUUCUCCCGUGUGAACUUUCUCAUGCCGAGCAAGGUGUGACCUGUUAUUGAAGGUUUUCCCACAUUCGCCGCACUCAUAAUACUUUAAUCCAAUGUGGAACUUCUGGUGUUUUCUCAGUUUAGAGGGAUCACUAAAAGCAUUCCCACACACCAGGGACACUUCUUCAGCAUGAAAUGUGUGAUGAACACGGGUUGAUUCAUCCUCUAAGGUGCUUCCAGCUGUUGGACAUCCAAAUAGUAUUUCUUCAGAAUGAGUUCUCAGGUGGCUAAGGAGUGCAGAGUCCUCCUGGAAAGGGUUUCCACAGUCACUGAACUUGAGGAGAUUCUGUGUAUUAAGAACUUCUUGGAGCUCCGUGAGAUCAGAACUGUUUGGGAGGGCAUCCCUGCACUCAGUGCUCCCGUGUGGACUCACGCUGCCGUCAACGGCCAGGUGCUGGAGGAGGACAUGGCUACCUGAGGCAGCCCUAUCUUGUCCAUCAGUGAGGGGUUUCUCUGACAGGACUCUGGGGCUCUUCACAAGUGAGUUCCUAUUCUCAUCCCCUGUGAAGGGUUUCUCUCCGUUAGGCUCCUCGCGGUGCUGGUGAAAGUUUGCACCAAACCAAAAUUCUCUCCCGCAUGUUUCACAUGUGUGCGAUUUCUCCUCAGAAUGUGCUCCUUGAUACUCACCCAGGUAAAACACAUCGUUCAAGAGUGGGCCACACGUGUCACAGUGAUCAGCCUCCUGGGUGGAAAUCUUGACCUGUGACACCCUUUCCUCAGAAUCGGUCUGUCUGGAACAGUUGUCAUUAUCUUCUCCUCCAUGCCGACAACCUGGAAGCAGGCAAACGGCCAGUUAGUGGAGUGUUCUGCCGUGGGGAAAAGGGUGACAUUAGAAAUGACAGGCCAGGGGGCCCAGAAUAAAACCGGAAGGCUCACUAUCCAGGACAGGGCUCAGCCGAGUCACAGAACAAGGCAAGGAUACACGACGGGGAUAAAGGACUGGGAUAGACAUUCCUGCCAAAAAGCUACACACACACACACACACACACACACACACACACACACACACCCCAGUGGUCAAUAAGCACAUGAAAGUUGUUCAACACCAUUAGUCACUAGGAAAAUGUAACCGAAACCCACAAUGAGCUAGCACGUCACACUCUCAGGUAGCUGUAAGGAAAAGGCCAAUAACAAGCAUUGAGGAAAGAGAUAAACUGCAAAUAGGGUAAAUGGGAAUGUAAAUGGUGCUAUCCAUUUGGAAAAGUUGGCAAUCCCGUUCCCGUCUGUACCCAAGAGAGAUGAAAACAUGUGCACAGAAACUCGUACAAGAGUGUCCACGGAACCAUUUCUCAUAACAGCCAAAAAGUGGAAACAGGUCAGAUUUCCAUCAGCUAAUGAAGGGAUAAAGAAACUGCAACAUGCAUACAGUGGAGAAUUAGUUGACUGUAAGAAGCCAUGGAGUACUGAUACGGGCUCCAGCAUGCACCAAACUUGAGAACAUUAUGCUAAGCGAUAAGCCACUCACCAGGAAACAUGUGAAUCUGCCUACAUGAAAUAUCUAGAACAGUCUCUAUUGUCAGAAAGUAGAUAGGUGGUUGCCUCGGAUUGGUGAUGAGGGAUGAAAGAUGAGGAGUGACUGCUAAUUUAGAGAUAAUGACAAUGUCCUAAAUUAGAAUAUGUUUUGCAUCAGUACGCUAAAUUGUAUAAUUUAAGAUGGUGAACUUUAUAAUAUGUCUCGGUAAAGCUGUGUUUUAAAAAUGUCUCAUGGAGAGAGCGUUGU